CGUCAUGUCCUCACAAGUCAUCGUUCCUCGGAACUUCGUGCUGUUGGAAGAGCUGGAGAAGGGUGAGAAGGGAGUGGGGGAUGGAAGCGUGAGCUACGGACUUGCGGACGGAAACGACAACACAUUGACCACCUGGAAUGGCAUGAUCGUCGGUCCCCAUGGGUCUCAGCUUGAAGGAAGGAUUCUCUCUCUCGUUAUAACCUGCGGAGAACGCUAUCCUGAUGAAUCUCCCAAGGUCCGCUUUCAGUCUCGCGUGAAUCUAAAUUUUGUCGAUCAGCACAAUGGCGCGGUUGACUCGAGGAGCGUCUCGAUCUUGUCACAUUGGAAUCGGUCAUGCACUAUGGAGAAGCUCUUGCAGGAGCUGCGCCGGGAGAUGUGCAGCAGUCACAACCGCAGAUUGCCUCAGCCUCCCGAUGGCGCGAUGUUCUAAGGUGAAGACUCCUGCUGAUGUGGCUCGGCGAUCUCACGGUGGUUUUGGAUGGAAGUUUGCGUCGAGAGAGCAUGAUGGCAAGGGAGAAGUUUGAUUGCAGAGCAGCGGCCAAGAUCUUGUGUUGUUUAUGUUGGGAGUCGAUUGAACCUUUGCUUCAAGUUUUUGAUCACCCAUGGCUGGAGGGUGGAGGGAUUCUAUCUCGCCCUCUAUCUAGCAAAGCAAACCAAAGAUGAGAGAUGUUUUUGCAUAUUGCUUUGUUUCGUCGAAUUAAGAUAGUAAAUAUCAGUUCUGUC